AUGCCCAUCUUUCAGGAGGCAGCGGUUCCCAAUGUGCACUUGAACCGGUCCCUCCACUUGGCGCUCACACACUUUCGAGGUAAAGGUCUUCGAUCUUUGGUUGUGCUGGAGGAGGGGCAGAUUUUCUCUUUGGAUCUUCUUUGGUUCUUUGUGCAGCUGCUGCCGGUGAUCCGUCGGGACAGCAGCAUUUUAUGCGCCAGCGCAUGGAAUGAGAAUGGCUUGGCGCCCUAUGCUGCUGACCUAACAGUCCUUCUUCGUUCUGAUGGGUUCUCUUCUACAGCAUGGCUCAUGGAGAUGGAUGUCCUGAAGGCGCUCCUCCCACAGUGGGCCAAGGAGAGGGCCUCGUGGAGGGAUUGGCUGCUGGAACAGCUGCGGAAGUCCAAGAAGCAGUGUCUCGUUCCAGAGGUUUCGCGCGUGGCUUCGGCCACGGCGGACUGCCUCCGGCCAGAACUGCGGCCUGGUCCAGAUGCUCAAGCUCUGGUGGAAGCUCUGCGCCGGCAGAAUGCACCAGUGACGGCCUCUCCGAGCACUUGCUCCGGAGAUGAGGUGCAGCUGGAAAGGCAAAGUAUGCGAAGCGUCAUUAGUGGGCAGCUGCGAAGCUUCUUGGGAGAUGUGAUGAGGAUGGAGGCGAGUAGCUUUGAAGACUGGUUCUUGUGGCGAUGGCCAGGACGCCAAGGCAUGUUUUACAGCCAGCCGCUGGCAUCAGUCGCGGAGCUGGACGCCUAUUUGGGCUACCAGCCAGCGUUCGAAGAACCCGAACACGCACGACAGGUCUUGAGCCACGCGCCUUUGCGGCUGGUGCUUGCUGCAAAGGCCACCGAGCGCGGCAGUUGGCCCCACAUCGCGCAGCAUUUUGGGCUUUCCACGGACAGGCCGAAAGGAUCCUAUCAAGGUGUGAUCCGCCUCUGGUGGCGAAAUCGUCUUCUCUACCUGGUUGUGGACCCGAACUCACCUCUCUUGUGGAGCACGGAGCGCUAUCAGAGCAGCUGGCGAUUAGGCUCUGGUGCUCCCUCUCCAAAACUGUCGGGCGCGCACUUUGCGGAGCACGCGAAGGAUCCCCAACUGCCAGCUCAUCGGCCCAUCCCUCCAGGGGCGGUGCUGAGCGCAGCGCCUCUAGGCGAGAGUUGCUCUAGGCACUGCGAAGCUCAAGGCCACGUUUGCGUGGACGGGGACUUGAUCGCAGUGGCUGCUUGUGCACCUCCACUGACCCUAUCCUUUGGAUGCAACAUUUGCGAGGAGGAAGCUGCCUCUGCAGCCUUCCCUGGCCUCCACCGAGAUACAGGUCGCUGUGGAGCGGGACAAAAGGCACCAGGAGCGCCUCAAAGCUCGAUGAUGGCGGCUGACUGCUCCGCGUCGGCGCCGCGGGUGCGGCGCUUCUGCGUGUGCCGUGUGGCUCUGGUGCAGUCGCCGCUUUUGGGAAAGACGCACCUUCGUUUGCGAAGCCCGGGCUUGCACUUCGCGCACGAAAUGAAAAAGAGCAACGUGGAUGUGGCGUCGGCGGAUCGCUUGGAGGCCUUCCGAACAGCAAUGAUCAAAGCCAGGCCUGAUGCCCUGGCAAAGCUGAACCUCUUUGCGGAGCAGAACAGCCUGCCAGAAGCUCCGAUGCUGGAAUACAGCAAUGGCAAUGGCAUCGAGCACAAAGAACAAAACGGCCACAAAACAUUCCCUUGCACCAAGGCCACAUGA